UCCCAAAGAUAAAAAACAUACUACUUGUUGAUAUUGACGGUUUACCGUUGUUGUUGAUUUGCUCGCAUCCUUACUUGUGUAGCAUGUCGCAAGAUGAUAGCCAAAACGUUUUUGCCCAUGAUUAUGAUGAUUUGAUUGAGGAUGAAUUUUGUGUGUCCGAGGGUGGGUCACCGAAUCGUUCUGACGAUGCUCAACAAGUGAGGGCUCGUCCUGUCGCCCCCACACAAUCUGUCCCUUCACAAAUUCUUUUGAAGAAAAGGAAAAUCCAAACGGACGACUCCACUUCGAGCAAGGUGAAAGAAACCUCGACGAGCAAAAGUAUCACGCCAAGUGGUGAUUACGUCGAGUUGGAUCCCAAAGGAGCUUUUGCCACUCCGGUUGAAAUAUCUCCCAAGGAGGAGGAGCAACUUGCAGAUUUGAUUGGAGAAGGGAUCCGUUACGAGGUUGACCGACGCCUGACUAACAUCGUUUCUUGUCAUUACAAGAAAUGGAUAGGUGUCCAUCUGGAUUCGCUGAAAGCUGGUAUGCGUAUCCCCCUUGAUCCUUUCCUUGUUGAUUUUGUGAAUUAUUAUGGCAUAGUUCCAAGCCAAGUGGCGCCAAAUGGUCAUCGUAUACUUGCGUGCUUCCCUCAAAUUUGUGCACGUCAUCAAGUUCCUUGCACGAUCGAUUUGUUCAACUUCCUCCAUCUUGUAAAGACUAUGGGGAAGAAUUGCCACCCCAGCUUCGUGAUCAUUCAAUGUCGCGGGUUGUUUGGAAAAGUUUCUGGUCUGCCUGAUAACAACCGUAAGUGGAGGGGGAAGUUUCUUCGAGUGUUUUUGAAAGACGGGGUGCCUUUCAAAAAUGAGUGGUCUCGUCGAAUGCGCAAGUGCGUGCUACCACCUGAGACUUUAGAGAUCAAGGAUGCAGUCGAGAAGAUUUCAUCGGAGUGCUAUUCUUGGGAUAAUUAUCACUCUCCAGAGGCAUUGGCUGCAGCUCAUCUACCCCCUCCGAUGUAUGGGGUUCAACGUCAGGUUGUCCCAGAUGGUCAUCUAGCAAUGGACCUUGACCCUGACCUUGAGGAAUUUGUAGGUGCUGGGGGGAAGUCGUCAUUCGGUAUUGAUCAGUCUCAAUCAUCGAAGAUCACUCUGAAAAGGAAGUCCGCACCAUCUGACCACCACGAGACCGACCAGUUACCCAUUGGACCCCCUCCGUCUAGUUCUUCUAUCGCUCCAGUUCCUUCUACGUCAUUGGGCAAGCGUCCUCUAGGUGAGGUUGAGGUUGAAACUAAGGUUCCUGGUAGUACACUCGCAACCAAUCGUGAGAUGCCUCGACUUGCGGAAGAGGGACCCCCUCACGUACGUGCACUUGUUCGUGGGACGGCUGAUCUACCAAAAAUGUUCAACCUACUGUCCGAGCUAGGCCCCCCACCUGCGAGUGUCGUCAGUGAUACCAAUGAAGAGGUCGCCGCAAAGAUGGCCCAACACUUAUCCUACGUUGCAAACACAAGCACCGAGCUAUUCAUGCGGUGUCAACUACAUGCCAUGAAGCGGGAAGAAGAGUCACAAGCAUUUAAAGCCACGAUGAGGGAUUUGGAAAACCAACUUGAGUCUUAUCGCGCGCGGGUGGCCCAGUUGGAGGAAUCUUUAAAGCAAUAUCCGAAAUCCGAUCAGUUUCGCAGGGACGCCAUUGCUCAUUUCGCCUCUCAUCCGACCGAAAUACCUGGUCUGCUCUCUACUCUGUGCCCAUCUGAGGAAGCUGCUCUACCUCUAUUCCACAUGUUUCGGGAUGAUCCAGUGAUAUCAAAGAUGCUCCGUAGGGUGGCUGGCUGGGGAUACCACAAGGGAAAAAAGGGGAUGCAACAAAACUUGUAUCGCACACUGGAGGCUGCCCUUCCGGACGACUGGGAAGAGGUCCGUGUUGUGCUACCCGCCGAUCUGACACCUCCUGGUCCAGAACCAUUCAGCAAGCCUUCAACAAGUUCGAUUGAUCCUUCUGCAACAUCCUCAUGCAAUUAA